AACAUUGACCAUUAGAAUAUUUAUGUACGAAGCAGAAGAAAUCGCUAAAAGCGAUUUGUUAUUCAGUAUAUCUUAAAUCAUCAGCAAUGUAUCAAAGAAUAUUCACUCUAGCAAUACUUUCAUUCAGUCCAGUGUUUUGUGAUGAUUGUGCAAGUGAAUUUGAUAUUUUAACAAAUCAUUACUAUGAGCUGGGAUGUACACCUGUUUCAGAUCAAUCCGGGGUCAUCGAUCAAUUUCAAUGUCCGGAUUUCGAGACAUUCGAUAAAGAAAAGUGUCAUUUGUUCGGAAAAGUCUACAAUCCACACGACAUAAUUGAUAUGGAUAACAUACCGAGGAAAAUCUGUGUUGAAAGUUGUUUUUGCGGACCGAGAUUUGGUGCCGAUUUUCCUGCUAAAUUCAAUUGUCACUAUAAUCACUGCUUCGAACAAGGUGCAUUCUACAAUAAGCCCUGUGUGUUUCAAAGGUCUUUUAGCAAUUGUUGUGCGGAGAAAAUUAUUUGUGAUGAUCAACAGAUAAAAGAACUUCACCAAUGUUACCAUAAUGAUCGAAGCUAUCGCGAAGGUGAAAUAAUCGACUCCAUCCAGAAGUGUUACGAAUGUAUUUGUGAUCAAGAUUUUAAUAAUGAAACCGAUGUGACGAUAAACCCAAAUUGCCAGAAGAAAAAGCAUAUUUGCAAUACGCAACUGUACGAUUUCAAACAAUAUCAAUUGGGUUGUGUGCCUGUUUAUUACGGCAAGCAUCCUGAUAAUUGUCCAACACACUAUAAAUGCCCGAAAGACUCUGAUGAGAUAAUCAAAGGCGAUAGCACCGGUUCUGGCACAUCAUGCAAAUUUGGAAAACUCGUUUUCCAGAAAGGGGAUAAGCUUAUCGAUAAUUGUGUUGAAUGUUUAUGUUCCGUACCGCCAAUGCUAACCUGUCGACAAUAUUCGAAAUGCUUAAAUUAAAUGAAAAUUGCUUUGAUGACGUUAAUUAGAUUUUCUCAUGUCUGUAAACAUUUAUGGAUAAAUUUAAUAAAAUUAUCUCUCUUAUCACUAUACCGUAA